AUGGACUACCUUCUUCCAGCGGCAGAUUUGUUGCCCAACUUUGCUCUGAAAUCACAAGGAGCAAAGGUUUUACAGUGGAUGCCAUUAGCCGCACAUCCUGGCCAACUACAAAGAUGCGGUUGGUUUGGGUUUGCACUAGAAGAGCCAUUUAUCCACCCAGACAUUGUCAUCCAGGGGAGGACUCGCCUAAAUCCAGGAGAGUGCUGGGCUUUUGAAGGUUCCCAGGGACAUUUAGCCAUCGCCCUGUCCCACAGAGUCCUUAUCAGUCACGUCACCUUGGGUCACCUGCCUAAAAUGUUGUCCCCGACUGGUAACACCUGGAGUGCUCCCAAGGAGUUUUCUGUCUAUGGAAUGAGGGAACCUGAACAGGAGUGGACUCACCUGGGAACUUUUAUCUAUGAGGAGGAUGGAGAUUCGCUUCAGACCUUUGAGCUACCGCUCUACACCCACAGCAGGCUCUUAGAGGGUGCAUGGAAGUUCGCUCAGCCAGUCUACAUCUGCUUUGCGGACUUGGAAAAGGCGUUCGACUGUGUUCCUCUGGGAACCCUGAUUGUGUCUCUGCUAGUUGCAGACGAUGUGGUCCUAUUGUCUUCAUCAGGGCGUGACCUACAGCCUUCUCUGGAGCAGUUCGCAGCCGAGUGUGAAGCAGCCAGGAUGAGGAUCGGUGACCUGUUAGAUCACUGUAUGACCGGUGUCUGA